UGGAUCUAUCUUUGUGUGUUUAAGUGAGUAUAAUCAUUUUUAUCAUAAUAUUUCCACUAGAUACACAUAAGUAUGCAUAUUUAAUACAGGUUCUAAUUUUUGUGAAAAUACAAUCACUUAGUUUCCGGAAAGAAAACCUUAUUUUCUCAAUCAGGCCGGAAAAUCUGUGUGGUUGCAAAUGCGGGUACGCCUCUGUACAUCUGGUUUUCAGCAUGUAAGAGCAGAGACAUGAACAGGUGCCAUAUAUAGUGUGACUGCAGCAAGAGAAAAAAAACCAAGGGGAAGGUAGAGUAAUCAACGAAGAGAAAGAAAGAAAAAAGGGCAUUGGUGAGAGGCGACUGACAAAGGAAAGAAGAAAUAAAACAAAAAGUAGUUGUAAAGAAAAAGAAGCAGAAAGGCAUUAAACAGAAUCCAUCCAGCAGAGAUAACAAGAAGAAAGGGAGAAGUAAGAAAAAGAAAAAAAGAAAAGAAGUAAAGGGAGAAGGAACAGUACUGGUUUUGGAAAUGAAGCUAUGGAUCCUGGCAUGCCUAUUCACCUUCAUGCUCCAUGCUGGGUUGCUGUCUGCCGAUACAGAAGGUGGUAAAAUCCAGGUAAGUAUUUCAAGACGAACAGUUGUAAUCACCUGCCCUGCAGGAAAAGGGACAAUUAAGUUUAAGGAAGACAGAUCAUUGACAACGGAAGACAAUAUUGAACUGACAGAUUUUGCUGAUGAGAACAAUGGGAUGUAUAGCUGUGGGACGCAAGACCCAGCAUACCUCUAUCUAAAGGCCUAUGUGUGUGACAAUUGCAAAGAGGUCUCCAUUCCAAUGGUAGCUGGAAUACUUAUUGGGGACUGCAUGGUUACUCUGGGAGUGGCUUUUGUCAUCUAUUUUGGAUGCAGAAAACAAACUGGGCCUCUAAGAGAGGGAGGAAUGACUAAUGGAGCCCGAGCUAAAGGAAAGCAAGAAAAGCCACCACCUGUCCCCAAUCCUGACUAUGAGGUGCUCAGAAAAGACCGACGUGACUUGUAUGAUGGACUGGGAACAAGGACACGUCUUAAGUGAAUCAUUGUAGUCUACUUGGAUAUUUCUUCAUGCUUAUGCAUUUUGUGAAACUAUGAAUGCAUUUAAUAAGAGUAAAAAUAUAUCCUAAUGAUGUAA